UUGCACUUUACGGUUAUUACUACAGAGGGCGCUGUAGCUGAACCCACAUAGAAGUCGAGCCGGUGGCGGCUAGCAGGCAGCUCAGAGCGGGACCCUUGAAAACAAAAACAAUUCUGUGGCUUCCCUUUUUGAGUCCGGGGUGUCACUGCAAUUCAGCAUGAAGUUCAUGUCCUCUUUAUUUAACGCUGGUUGCCAGUGUUUAGCGGUUUAGCCAGAGAGGUACCGAGGAGUCAGAAUCAGGAUUCAAAACGAUACAAAAUGCCUCCGAAGAAGCAACAUCUCAAGCCGACUGCAGCCAACGUCUCCAGCUCUUUGGACCUAGAGUCUGAGGACAUCAGCUUGGAGACGACCGUGCCCACCACCGAGGAUGUCUCCUCGUCCGACGAGCAGCGGAACGGCUCCCAGAAGGUGACCCGCCAGCUGAUCGAGAGGAAGGAGCUGCUGCACAACGUCCAGCUGCUUAAAAUCGAGCUAUCUCAGAAGAAUCUCAUCAUAGACAACAUGAAGGCCGAUCAUAUGUCAAAGAUUGAGGAGUUGGAGGAGAGGCUGAAUGACACCCUGCAUCAGAAACAAGUGUUGGUCCUAAGACUGGACAACCAGCUGAAACUUACUCAGGAGGAGAACAGGAAGCAGCAGGCUCUGCGUAAGCAGGAGAUGGAGGCCAUCCUGCUCAGGCAGCAGCAGCUGGAGGAGACUAACCGACAGCUGUGUGAGAAGGCUGGAGAACUGCGGAGGUCUCUCAGGGAUCUGGACCUCUCCCAGGACAGAUACCAGGAACUUCGUGGUCUUCCUGAGGACAAAAUAUCUAUACAGGAAUAUGUAGCUAUGCGUUUCUAUGAGGUAGUGACUCCUCUGCGAGACCAGCUGAUUGAGCUUAGUGUGAAGAACAACAGUGUGACAGAAGAGCUGGAUAUGCACAGAACCAAGAUGAAGACACUGAUUGAGAGCUACGAAGAAGAGCGGCGGUUGCGUACAGAGCUGGAGAUGAGGAGCCAGAGAUUGACCUUAGAACUGGCUGACACCAAACAGCAGAUCCAAGAUGGCGACUACCGCAGAGAGAACUACCCAAACAUCAAACGAGAGCGCGACAACUUUGAAGCAGAGCUGAAGGAGUUAAAGAGGAGAUAUGAGACCGUAGACUUGUCUCACGCUGCAGUGACCAGAGAAAGGGACACACUCAGCAAAGAGGUGGCGACAUUGCAACAAUCAGUGACACUCCUGCAGAAGGACAAGGAGUACCUGCACAGGCAGAACAUGGAACUUGGUGUUCGCUGUGCACAUGAAGAAGACCGCCUGGAGAGAUUACAGGUACAAUUAGAAGACACUAAAAAAGCCAGGGAAGACACCUAUGAAAAAUAUGUAGCAUCCAGAGACCACUACAAGUCAGAAUAUGAGAGCAAAUUAAGAGAGGAGUUGGAGAACAUCAGGCUGAAAACAAGUCAGGAGAUAGGCAACCUGCAGAGAACCUCCAGGGAGAUGUAUGAGAGGGAAAACAGGAACUUGCGCGAGGCCAGAGACGGUGCGGUGCUGGAGAGAGACCGAGCAGUGGCUGCCGAGAGAGACGCCCAGUCCAGAUAUGACCAACUGCUGGAGCAGUUCCGUCAGCUCCAGCUGGGUACAGACAGCCGGGUGGCAGAACUAUCCAACCAGGCCAAGCUGCACUCUUUUGAAGCUGAGCGUGCUAAUAUGGUCAAGGAUGAGACGGCUAAAGCCCUAGCUCAGUGUCAGCUGGAGUGUGAGAAACAGCAGAAGAAACUAGAGCUCCUCACUCAGGAGUUUUACAGGCUACAGACUUCCUCAGAGAGGCGGGUAGCAGAGCUGCAUACUCAGAACGCUGAGCAGGCGUCUCGCCUGCAAACGUAUGAAAAGCUCGAGCAAGAGCUGGACCAGGUCACCAUGCAAGCCGCCGAAAUUGAGAAUGAAGAAGAGGCAGAGAGGGUUUUGUUCUCAUAUGGCUAUGGGGCAAAUGUUCCUACAACGGCCAAAAGAAGACUAAAACAGAGCGUUCACUUGGCACGCAGGGUGCUGCAGCUCGAGAGGCAGAAUACAUCACUGAGGAGAGAGUUGGAAAGUCACAAGUCGCAGACGGGGCAGAUAUCCGAAGAGUUGUUGGCCGCCAACCAGCUGUUACAGCAGACGCAGCAACCUUAUAGUUACUUGAUUGAGACGGUGAGACAAAGGGAUGCACAGAUCAGCAUACUGAAGGAGCGUGUCACCUCACUUGAGGGCGAUGUCAGUUCUCUGAGGAAAGAGCGGACCGCUCUGGAACAGGUGAAAAACAACAUGGCUGCUGAUCUGGAGCGACUUCUCAACCAUCAAGAGGAGUUAGUCAUGAUGAAGCAGGUCCUGAUCAGCAUGCGGUCCAGACAGGCAGACGCUCUAAACCUGUUGGAAACAGAUAAAACUGGCAUCAGGACUUCUGGAUUGGGGAAAAAACAGCAGUCCAAAUGUUUCAACAGGACAGCAGAAGAAGAAUCACCAAACAAACCCAAACCCACUGUGUUUACAAAUAAAGAAGUUCCCGAUUGGUACCAGAAGCAGAAAUCCAAGUGAACGUUUGUGUCAUGACUGGAGCUCAGGACUUUUGUUUUUAACUUUUAGGUUUUGUCCAGACUUUUGUAUGUUAAACUUGUAAGUUUCAGUUCUUUUCAUUGCUCGAUUGCUUUUCAAAUACAAAGGCACAAACAGUUUGAACUGUCUAAGUGUUUUGUUUUUCUCAUCCUUUGUUAAAUAUUGUUCAUGGGAUAAAUUAUCUGUGUGCUGGUCCAGAGAUAUUACCUUCCACAGGGUACACAUUCCAAGCUAACUGAAGGCCCAAAAAUUCCUCUUUUUUGGCAGUGGCCUGUUUUAUUAGGUCUGUCUAUCAUUAUUUUCUCAUCUUUUCCAAGUUUGCAGAUACUGCUUGCUACAAACAACACUGCAGGAACCUUAGCCUUUGAUUUGCACAAGCUGAGGUUCCUUAAAUAGAGACAUAGUAGGCAUACCUUUAUUAUUUCUGACCAUGUUCUUAUCGGUGUCAUAUUAAAUUUGGGCGGGCGGCUAAUGCAAAACUGGUUUGCCCCUUUUCAGGAGUUUUGUUAUCUUACAUGUGAUGUUAAGACAGUUUCUCAUGAGAAGUAGUAGUAGAUCUGUGGAAAAUGUUUCAUAAACCUCUAGAGUAGAAAGGCUACAAUACACUCAACUAGAAAAUAUCAGAAAAUCAGCUUUGGAAUAGAAAAUGUCAGCCAGAUGAACUUGAGAUCAACCUUGAUGGGUGUGAGGUAGGGUGGGGAAAGAAUGAAAGGAGAAGGCUUGGAUUGGAUGUUAACCCAGCAAAUACAACAUUAUCCUCGAAACACAGUGGAGACAAGUGAUGGCAUGGGUAGGCAUAGCUUCUCAAUGCACUAAGGUAGUAGUGAUCAUUGAUAAUGCAACAGAAAUAGCUGGAUUAACUGUGAAGUGUAUGGUUUCUGCUCAUAUUCAGCUAAAUGCAGCUGCUGAUUGGACGCUGCUACACAGCACAGAUGUUGAGGGAGCCAAAGCAUGUUGCACAAGGCCCAGGUGAUUCUGAAUAAAGAGUAAAGAA